AUGGUGGACACACAGCACUUCUGCCUGCGAUGGAACAACUACCAGAGCAGCAUAACGUCGGCGUUCGAGAACCUGCGCGACGACGAGGACUUUGUCGACGUGACGCUGGCGUGCGACGGCCGCAGCCUGAAGGCGCACCGCGUCGUGCUGUCCGCGUGUAGUACAUACUUCCGCGAGCUGCUGAAGAGCACACCCUGCAAGCAUCCCGUGAUAGUGCUGCAGGACGUGGCGUUCACGGACCUGCACGCGCUGGUCGAGUUCAUCUACCACGGCGAGGUGAACGUGCACCAGCGCUCCCUGAGCUCGUUCCUGAAGACGGCCGAGAUACUGCGAGUGUCCGGACUGACCCAGCAGCAGGCGGAAGAGACGCAUGGCAUCCACACAUCGCUCGGUGCGAAUCUGCCCUCGGGCGUCGUCCACCACCCGAUCUACCCGGAGAAGAUGCUGGACGACUCGCUGUACGUGUCGCACGGUGUCUCGCCACCGCCACACCUGGCCGGCGGGCUGCCCAACAGCGGCUCGCCGCACCACAGCACGGGCGGCGGUGGCCCGGGAGGAGCCAACGGGUCCGGUGGCGGCGCCGGCGGUCCGAUGGUCAACCAGCUGCUGAAGCGGGCGGCCGCAGCGGCCGCCCUGCGGCGGGAGCGCAACAACUCGAGCCACUCGGACGAGAUGGCGCUCAAGCGGCACCGGAUGUCGGUGGAGAGCAACGGGCCGACGGGCCAGCGGGGGGACCCGGACGUGAUCUGCAAUACGCCCCAGACGACCGCGACCGACUUCUCGUCCAGCGCGACCAAGCAGCACCACAACCUGCCGUCGCCCCAGGGCAAGGAUCUGCUCCUUCGGCAGGACACGCUGUCCGGUCACCCCAACAGUGGUAGCAACAGUUUCUCCCUCAACAGCUCGAGUAACUUAAUAAAAAGUAGUAUUAAUAACAAUAACAUCAACAACAACAACAACAACAGCAACCACAACUUGAACAACAACAUGCUGCUGCACAGCAAGGAAAACAGUGGCAGCGGUGGCGUCGGUAGCGGCGUCGGCGGUGGGGUGUGUGGAGUGGGCCUCGGUGUCGGAGUGGGCGGCAGCAUGCCGGCGUCGCUGGGCACCUCGAACGGAAGCAACGCGGGCAGCCUGUGCUCGGCGGAAAAGGAGAGCCUCGCGUCGUCGCCGUCGGAGCGGUCGGCCGAGGACGUGAAGUCGGAACCGCUCGAGCUGCUGUGCGGGGCGGGCGGUGACCACGAGAACAGCUCCGACUCGGUGCCGGACGACCACGUCGACCUGGUGAAGGGUGGGCUCGACGUGAAGGGAUCCCUACGAUCACCCCACGAACAUGACCUGGACAGCAGCAUGCAUCAUCACAGCGGGGCACAGUUUCUUAUGAGCGCCGGCGACAACAAAAUGUUCCCUUCGCCGGCUUCCUUCAACUUCUCGAUGGCGGCGCUCGCCGAUCCUGCGGCGUUGGCAGGCUUUAACACACAGGCAUUGCAGGCAGUCGAACUGGCCGGAUCGCCCCAGGGUAUGAGCAUGGCGAGCAUGGCCGCUCAGCGCCCAUCGUCCCCGCUGGAAGGGUCCGUGCACGGUGCCGGCGGCGUUGGCGGUGGCCACGGCCACGGCGGCGUCAACCGGCUGGCGCUUCCGCUGCCCCUGGCGGCCUGUCAUCGGUGCGACGUGUGCGGUAAGCUGCUCAGCACCAAGCUGACGCUCAAGCGCCACAAAGAGCAGCAGCACCUGCAGCCGCUCAACAACGCGGUCUGCAACCUGUGCCACAAGGUGUUUCGCACGCUGAACAGCUUGAACAAUCACAAGAGCAUCUACCACCGCCGGCAGAAGAUCCUGCACCAUCACCACGCGCACCACCUGCACGGCCAGCACCCGUUCGCGGCCGUGGCGGCCGCGGUCGGCGGCGGCGGCGGCGGCGGGUCCGUCAGCCCCCUGCACCACGGGGCUGGCGGGCCCGGCGGUGGGCCCGGCGGCGCCGGCAGUGGGCCUGGCCACCAUGAACUUUUGAACAACAACGCUAGCGCUUCCGACUGUGAUAUCAAGCAUAGUGUCGCGGCAAAGCUCGAAUACAUGUAA